UGUUAUAUCCGCCUGCUAAAUCUUUUAUACUUACUUUUUUUUUGAUGUACUCUAACAAGAAAAAGCCUCGGGUCAUUAACAAAAAGAAAGAGCGAAAAAGGAUCAAAAGAUGGCUGAGGAGCAGCAGAGUGUUGACAUUCCUAGAGUGAAACUGGGAACUCAAGGACUUGAGGUUUCAAAGUUGGGGUUUGGUUGUAUGGGGCUUAGUGGAGGUUACAAUGACCCUGUCCCUGAAGAAAUUGGGAUAUCGAUUAUCAAGCACGCAUUCGAUAGAGGAAUCACUUUCUUUGAUACAUCAGAUAUCUAUGGACCCAAAACUAAUGAAAUUUUGAUUGGAAAGGCACUGAAGCAAUUACCAAGAGAGAAGGUACAAUUAGCCACAAAGUUUGGUUUUGAAAAAUUGGACGCAACCGGCAUCAUAAUAAACGGUACUCCCGAAUAUGUCCGUACCGCAAUCGAAGCUAGCCUGAAGCGCCUGGAUGUUGAUUAUAUUGAUCUCUACUACCAGCACAGAGUUGACACCAAUACUCCUAUAGAAGAUACUAUGUCUGAACUCAAGAAGUUGGUGGAAGAGGGGAAAAUAAAGUACAUAGGCUUAUCUGAAGCAAGCCCUGAAACCAUAAAGAGAGCACACGCAGUUCAUCCAAUAACUGCUUUGCAGAUGGAGUGGUCGCUCUGGACUCGUGAUAUCGAGGAACAAAUAGUGCUCCUUUGCAGGGAACUUGGAAUUGGGAUUGUUCCAUAUAGCCCUCUCGGUCGCGGUUUCUUUGGCGGGAAAGUAGUGGCGGAAACGGUGCCUGCAAAUAGUUUUCUGCAACGUUUUCCAAGGUUUCAAGGAGAGAACCUGGACAAAAACAGGACCUUAUAUUUGAAAAUCGAGAAGUUGGCUGAGAAGCAUGGAUGUACCCCUGCACAAUUAGCACUUGCUUGGGUUCUUCAUCAAGGGGACGAUGUAGCACCGAUUCCUGGUACAACCAAGAUCAAGAAUCUUAAUAGUAACAUUGAUUCACUGAAAGUAAAGCUUACCAAAGAAGAUUUGAAAGAAAUCUCCGACGCAGUUCCGAUAAAUGAGGUGGCAGGUGAUCUUCUUCCAGAGGGUUUUAGUCAAUUGCACUGGAAGUUUGGUGGGAAUACACCACCAAAGGGGAGCAAGGUUUCAACUUGAAAUAUCAUUUGAUGGGAAGUCUGCAGCAAGGUAUGAGGUUUUGGGUGAAUGGAAGUUGAGUAUUUGGUGAGAGCAGAAUCAUUCAUUACCAAAAUAAAUAAAUAAAAAAUAAGCAGGCUUGUAUGACAUUGUUGUAUGUCAUUUGUAGCUACUAAUCUUCCAAGUUAUAGUUUAAAAAUUAAUUAGAUUGUGUUUAUCAGCUAAAGACUGGUAGCAGUUUUAUACUAGCUGCUCUAUAUGGAGAUAUAAAAAUCUUAGAUUUUCCAUAACU